GAAUUUUGUCGCUUCCUGAACUCUACCCAGCAAUUGAAAACCACUUAAUCCCUUGCAGUGGCGCAGUGGCAGCUCACAUGGCAGAACUAAUUACUGAGGAUCAGCCACGCAUCAAGUUCUCGACGUCGUUUGUGGGGCAUAACAUAUGUAACAUGUCUUUGAGUGCGGAGGUUGGCGAGCUCUCCCGUCUUAUGGCGCAGAUGGAACGCAUGGGUGCAGCUCCAAUCCUCAACGACGGACAAGUCGCUGGCAAUUGUGCCAUCAGCCCUCGAAUCUUACAGCUUCCUUCAAUCGACACCACAGAUGGCAGCAAACACACUGCUUCCGGACCUGAGAGCCUUGCAGUUGUUAGCAUGUCCGGCAAGCCGCCUGGCCACCUCCUAGACCCAUCUACAGAUUUCGUGCUAGUAACAAACUUCGAUCGGGCUUUAUGGGCAGCAGAAUACCGAUCUCGCGAUGCAUCGGUUCGUCCAUCCAGCGAUUCACCUUUGCUCGUAGCCGCCCUAGCUCAUGGCUUUGAUUAUGGCUGGUCAGAGCAGCCCGCUGUGGUUCUCCAUGGUCACGCGCUGGCGGAAGGAGAAGGCCUGUCGUACGCUACCCAACUGGGUCUGCCCAUCAGUCCUCGUGCUACGCUGUUCUCAACGCCUGAGGACUUGGCAGAGCUGGAGGCGCUCUUCCGCUCCCACCCCUACCCGCAGCACCGCUGCUACAUUCGAAGAGGCCAUGGGUUCUUCUUGCUGGCUGGCAGUGUGGCCGAGGCUGAGGCGCUGUUUGCGCAGCUGGUGCUGCCCUGGCUGCUGGAGCAGCAGCAGCGGCAGCAGGUGCACUAGCAGCAGGGGCACUAGCAGCAGCAGCGGCAGCAGGGGCAUUAGCAGCAGGGGCACUAGCAGCAGCAGCGGCAGCAGGGGCAUUAGCAGCAGGGGCUGCAGGAUCCGGGGCGGCAGCAAUAAGGGGAGACGCUGAAGAAGUAGUCCAAGUAAGGCAAGCACAACAGCAGGAGCACAACAAGCACAACAGCAGGAGCAGCAGCAUGGUGUGAAUGAUACACUACGGUACUGCAGCUUCCCAGCUCCAGGCCUCGUUACCGGUACUGGCGAGUAGGGCAAGGUGCUCCCCCCAUGGAUGUGAGGUGAUCAGGCGCUGAGGAAUGGCAGCCGCUGGAACAAUAGUGGUGUCCAAUGGGUCCAGAGUCUCCUAGGUUGAAGGGCUGCCGGUGUAAUGAAGAUCACGUGUUCCAUGGUUCCGAGGCGGCACAAGGUGGAUGACGUAGGGUUGCAGUGGUACUAAAUGGGAAUUGCCGGGUAUGUAUCUGUAACAAUGCUACGUGCUGCUUCUCCUACAACACGCACGAACUGUAGCAUAGUUGUAUAGGCCGUGCUGUUGUUUUGGGGGCCUACUUAGUGCAUUGCAGGAAGACGUGCAUGGAGGAUGCUGGAGCGACUCGCAGGCUCCGGCACCUUUCAUGCGCAUCCUCCGGCAAUGCGCCAAGAAGUCCCGCCACUUUAGCCACGAUAGCACCAGCUGCUGCAUGCGGCCAUAAUAUACAUAACCCAGCCAGACGACUGCGCAGGACCUCAACC